CCUUACUUCAUCACUCUGACGCGGACCAAUUCACUACACAAUCAGUCUGUCUGGCCGUGAUCGUCUCUGCUCUCAGCCUCAUCUAUUCGCGCGGCUAUGCUUGGCGACGACGAGGACGUUUUCGACAGCGUGACUUGGGAGUCACCUACAGAUCCUACCUACAAUGUAGAAGCACCAUCGGGACCUGGUUUCAGGCAGAGCACAGCAGAUAGCAGCGAAGGGCCUCACGACCCAAAGUGGGAAGGCUAUCUCAUUACGACGGUCAAGGAUCCGGUGAAGGAGCUCGCAGAAACGAAAGAUGCAUAUGUCUCGUACCUGGUUACUGCAAAGACAAAUCUCCCGAUAUUUUCGACACCCAACCCUUCAUCCCAAUAUAUCACAGGGGACAGGUUCAGUCCGGAAUUCAUGGAGCGGAGACGUCUAGACGACUAUCCUCGCCAUCCAACUCUGCAGCGGAGUACACUGGUUAGGGCCUUCUUUGAAUCCACGGAAUGGGUGCGUCACAUAUCGCGCCACCCACCUGGACCAGAGCCUUCGCCUGGAAUAAUUGACAAUAUCUCCGACACCCUCCUUAAUGCAUUUUCGCGAGUUCGAAAGCCCGAUGAGCGUUUUCUUUCUAUGCGUGAAAACGUCGACAAGUUUGAAGAAGGCUUAAACACAUCUGAGCGCCUUUGGAACAGAGUCCGGAGUCGGACAAGCGACGGAAAUCCGGAAUCCGCUGAAGACCUCACAGCGGAUUACCAUGAUCGGCGGUUGCUGUUCAAGACACAGACGACAACCGAUCCCUUCCUCAUUCAUUUACAUUCCCUUCUCACUUACUCUCAUGCCAACCGGGCUAACUCUCCGACUAUCUAUCUGGUGUUACCGGCGGAACGCGAUAGACUCGCUGCUGUCAUUAGUGGCCACGCGGGCAGCACUGGUCUUGGCCUUGGGGCGUACUUGAAAGAUCGCAGGCUCCAGGACGCUGUAACAACUGCUCAUGAGACAUCAGACGCCUUCAGCGAUGAGACUCUUACGGGAGCAGGCGGUGUUUCAAUUAUGCGAAGGGAAGCUGAAAUGAAAGAGAUGCUAGGGAAUCUUGCCGAAGGUCAAAUUGAGUUUUACAAGGCCUUGAGUCUUUCAUUCUACAAUUGGUGUUUGUUUGCGAUGGAGGAAUGGGAGAGAAGUAUACCAAUCAUUCAACGGAUUCGAGUGGACGUUUAAAUUUAACGGACAUUUUAUCACCUGCUUUUCUAGUAUCGCUGCAUUGUAUUU